AUGCUGAGCUAUUCGAUUCCGCAGUUCGAUUCCUUCGACAUUCACGCAACUCUUUUCACAGAUGUUGAAAAUAUGAAAGCGCUUCUGGCACAGGUUGCUGUUUUACCUUUUGCAAUGAUAGACGCAUCGACAAUCUUAAGUUUAGAGCAGCUCUUCUGUGCAGUAUACAAGGCUUUGAUUGAAAGUAAGUACAAUAGAUUGCGAACCAAGAACUUGAAUUCCGAGUGUAUACUAUCAUUGUCGCCCACGUCAAACAUUGCGGAAGCUUUUAGACGAUUUGGCAUCAAAGAAGAUACGAAGAAUAUUGUGUGCUUGAUGGUGGUUGAGAAAUCAGAACAGAAUGUGUUAGAAGGCGUGUUUAAAGAACAGAUCGAGGGCCGAGAGGAGGAACUCUCAGAUGAGAACUUGAAAGCAACCGUGAGUUGGGAUGCCAUCAAAAAAGUGAGUGAAAACAAUCUAUGA